GGAUGAACUCUAGUCAAACACUGAACUAUCUCUCUCUCAACAUAGUUUUUCAAUUUCACAACUCACUUUAACAACCAUGGAUAUGGAAGAAGAAGAGGUUAACCCACAAGUGAACUUUGCACUUGACCUGAUGCGUCGUUUGCCUCCACAAAACGCAGAGAAAAAUUUACUAUCACUUAUUACACUUCUUCCAGACUUGACGGAGGACCUUCUCAACACAGUGGACCAACCCCUCAAAGUCCAAACCUGCGCCGAGACUGGGAAAGAGUAUUUGCUUUGUGAAUACAACCGUGAUGGAGAUUCUUACAGGUCACCGUGGUCAAAUAAAUUUACUCCACCAUUGGCAGAUGCAACCUACCCUUCAGCCAGGCUUCGCAAACUGGAGAUUUCUGCCAACGAUGCAUUUGAUGCUUACAGAGAACUUUAUUUCGAAGGUGGUGUUUCAUCAGUAUACUUUUGGGACCUUAGCCCAGGCUUUGCAGGAGUUGUACUGAUUAAAAAAGUUGGCGAUGGCGCUCGUAGGAUGAAAGGAGCAUGGGAUUCGAUUCACGUGUUUGAGGUACAGGAGAAAAAUCGCAAUUCUCACUACCGACUCACAUCCACUGUCAUGUUGCACAUGGUGACCAAUAAGCCAGAUUUGGGCCAUAUGAAUCUCUCAGGAAGUAUGACACGUCAGGCAGAGCAAGACUAUGUGGUGGAUGACCCCUCGAUGCAUGUUGCAAACAUUGGACGAAUGGUGGAGGAAAUGGAAAUCAAGAUGCGUCAUCUGCUCAAGGAUGUCUACUUUGGUAAAACAAAGGAUGUUGUGAAUGAUUUAAGGUCAAUUGAAUCGUUAGCAAAGAUGAAGAAACAGCAGGAUAUGCAACGUGAAAUUGCUGCAAAGUUACAGGAGCGACAGCCAAAGCCAACAAUUAGUUAGAAAUGUGAUAGGAGAAGGUCGUACAGCUUUUAAUAAAAGUCAGAUCCAGGACAGCUUCGGCUAAUUUAAGAAUCGAUCAAAG